AUGGAAAGAGGUAAUGCUAGGGCGUACUCUGUAAACGACGCACAGAGACAUCACCCUAACUCUGUAAUAAGGCGAGGGCAACUGCAUCAGGAGCAGGUACCGCUAAAGAAGCGAGCUCACUCUGGAUUUAGAGUAUGUCAGCUUAAUAUUGGAUCCAUGACUGAGAGAGGUAGAGAGUUGGCUGCCUUGAUGAGAGAAAAGAAAGUAGAUCUUAUGUAUGUGCAAGAAACAUUGAGGAUAUGUUAUGGAGGAGAGGUUCUGGAUAUUAUAAGUGUAUAUGCACCACAAGUUGGUUGCACAGAAGAAGAGAAGGGAAAUUUCUGGAGAGACAUGGAUGGAGUAAUGCAAGAACUGGAAGAACACGAGAGGGUGAUAGUGGGGGUGGAUUUGAAUGGCCAUGUUGGAAAUGAAAAAGAGGCAAUUGGUCAGGUGCAUGGGGGCCAUGGAACUGGGGAGAGAAAACCAGAAGGAGAGAGUGUAGUGGACUUUGCUAUAUCAUUUGACAUGGCAAUAGCAAACUCAUUCUUUACGAAGAGAAGGGAACACCUAAUAACAUAUAGGAGUGGGGGAAGAUGCUCCCAGAUAGACUACUUCCUGUAUAAAAGGAUAAAACUGGUGGAGGUCAAGAACUGCAAAGUUAUUCCAGACGACCAUGUAGCCCCCAACACAGACUGCUAUGUACGGAUUUGA